AUGGGAGAUAUUCAAUUCAUAUCCACUAGCAUUGUUCAAGCUGCCAACCAGAGAAAAAAGUUGAAAGAAUUAAACUACUUUUUCCCUCUUGUCGGCCGCCUCGCAAUCAUUGAAGUUGAUGAUGAAACCUCUUCGUUUUUCGUUGACUGCAGCAAUGCUGGUGUCUUGUUUGUUCAUGCAGCAGCUAAUGAGAUAAGUAUCUCUGAUAUCAUUGGUCCCAAGGUUGUUCCUUCCUUUGUCCACUCAUUUUUUCAGUUGAAUGAAGUUAAAAAUUAUGGGGGCUACACUUACAAUCAUGUUGUGGUUGAUGGCAUAUCAUUUGUUCUUUUCUUCAAUUCUUGGGCAAAAGUUUCUCAAGGUUCCAUUGAAUUGUUCAAGCCCCCAGCUCUUCGACGUUGGUUUCCAAAUGGUGUUGAGGCUUCAGUUAGUAUUCCGAACUCCUGUCUCACACAAAUCCAUGAAUUCAUUCCUCCACCAUUGCAACAUGAUGGGAAGAUAACAGUGUAUGGUGGAGCUGAAGAAGGGAGUAUGGACAUUGAAGCUUGCUUUUUACCUGAAACAUUGCAGGCCUUGGUAAAUGAUGAAGAGUUCAUGGAUUCUAUCACAAUCUAUGUCACAAUCUAA